AUGCAGCCGCGGAACAACCUGGGACUGAAAGACAUAAUAUGUUGGAGCCUAUUAUUCGCACCCAUCUACGCGGCCGCUCUGCAGCAGCAGUCGCGCGAUGGAGCCUUACUACCUUCCAAGGCCGUGGCCGACCGAUUGUCUGUGGCAGAACGCUUCCAGGACUCGCUCGAUGCGGGUCUGAGCGGACGUGGUCGCAAGAACACCUACACAGAACAGAACCAUAGCAAUGAUGAUCGUGAUCGCUCUAGAUCACGGGAAAAGCGGACCUCGAAAGACGAGCGCGCCCUUGCGACUUAUGCCGCAGCUGAAUCUGACCCAGCUGUGAGAGCACCACCUGCACCCAGGUCGUCGGCUACGGCCGGCUUGACUUCGCGACAACCGGCGCGGUCCCUGCAGGAUUGGAGAGUCGAGGAUAUAGUACUCCUGGCGACUGUUGAUGGAAAGCUUCACGCGAGAGAUAGAACGACCGGGGCUGCACGAUGGCAGCUUGAGGUGGACACGCCAAUGGUGGAGACGGUGUAUCACAGGCAUAACAGAAGCUUAGAUGAGAACGGCGUGGAAGUGGACGAUCCAGUCUGGAUUGUGGAGCCUAGCCAGGAUGGCAGUAUCUACUUGUACGCACCGGGUUCUGGACUUGGCAUGCAGCGGAUGGGCUUCACGGUGAAGCAGCUGGCAGAUAUGGGACCAUUUGCAGAGCAAGGUCAGCCGGCUAUGGCUUAUAACGCGGAGAAGAAGACCACGCUAUACACCAUUGACGCUGCAACAGGCAACAUCUUGAAGGUCUUCAGCUCUGCUGGUGCUAUAUCGAAUGACGAUCGCUCUUGCCGACGCGUGAAUCCGCUGGAGAGCCUAGAGGAGGAAGACGAGUGUGAGCCGAUCGGAACACUCUUACUUGGUCGAACCGAAUACACUAUCGGCGUGCAGUCACUUGGUGGUGAUGCUGUCAGCACCAUCAAAUACUUUGAGUGGGGUCCCAAUAAUCGAGACGAAGACCUGAAGAGCAAGUACACCACGACUAUGGACAGGAAGUACGUCUACUCUCGCUAUGAUGGAUCUGUUUUUGGGCUGGACCUAGGCAGUGCCAGUGGCGGUUACAAACCCGUCCCAGCCAACAAGCCUGUAUACCGCGAGAAGUUUGCUUCGCCUGUCGUUCGUGUAUUCGAUCUGGUCAGGCAGAAACAUGAGACCUCUGACAAUGCCGCGCUUGUCGUGUUACCUCAGCCGGUUGGGCCAGCAUUGGACGAGCUCACCGCGCUUGACGACGAUGCCUACGAGAACGUCUUCGUGAACUGCACGGAAUCGGGCAGCUGGUACGCAUUGAGCGAGACGAAUUACCCGGCAGUCACCGAAGGUGCUCAGCCCGCCAGACUGUACCAUGAAGGAGACUUUGCUCUGCCGAUACUUCCAAUGACGAAGGCGUACCGAGAUAGGUUCAUGGGUGUCCACCAGCUCUCUCCGAUUGCUCAGAGACCUGGCAGUCCUCUGAUCGGUGCACCAGACUAUCCGGGCAUCGAAGCACCGCCAAACGACUCCAAAUUCGAGAACAGUAGCAGCGUCAUUCUGUCACGGAAGCAGCCAACGUGGAGGGACAACCUGCCUUCAGUCACUACUUUCGUAAUGGCUAUCCUCGUUGUCAGCCUUACGGCUUGUGGUGCUUUGUACCGCGAGAAGCUACAGUCAGCUGUUCAGAAGCCCGUAGCUAUUCCAAAAAUCACCACGACUCUUGUUGACAUCAAAACAAUUGAAGAGGCUGCUUCUGAAACGCCAACUAUGGUACGCGAGGAUGAGCCCGCUAUGGAGGUCAUCUUUCCGCUCAAUGGAGCGGAGUCAGAUGUGUCUGAUAGCCCUCCAAAGGAAGACGACACCCUCGUUCGGACAGAAACCGUUGAGGGUGCAGAGGAGGAUGAAGAUUCACCAAAGGAUGUCAAGGAGAAUAAGCCGAAGCACAAACGUGGCAAGCGAGGUGGCAAGAAGCAGAAGGAGAAGGACCAAGCAUCGGCAGAAGCAAAGGCGGCAAAGAAGACCGUAGAAGUGCCUCAGCCCAGCGAGGUCAUCAGUGUCACUGCUUCAGAAAGCCCAGAAGUGGCUGGUCCCCUCCAGAUCAACAGCCUGGUCAUUCACAAAGACAAGCUGAUCGGCCAGGGCAGCAGUGGUACGCUAGUGUUCGAAGGCUCUUUUGAGGGUCGCGGUGUGGCUGUGAAGCGUAUGCUUUCACAGCAUUACGAGUUGGCACUUCAAGAGGUCUCGUUCCUGCAGCAGUCCGAUGAUCAUCCAAAUGUGGUGCGCUAUUUCUGCCAGCAAAAGGACGAUCAUUUCCUCUACAUUGCUGUGGAGCUCUGUCAAGCCAGUCUAUACGAUGUAUGGGACUACGACCGCGCCAAGACCGAGGAACGGCAACAACAGCUGCGAGCUCUGAAGUUGGCUAUCCAGCAAGACCCUCCGCGAGCUCUUCAACAGCUCGCAGCUGGCCUAUACCAUUUACACAAUCUCCGCAUCAUCCAUCGCGACAUCAAACCGCAAAAUAUUCUCGUGGCCUUCCCAAAGCGUGGCCAGCCGGCAGGACCAAGAUUGGUCAUCUCGGACUUUGGCCUUGGCAAGAACCUUCCGGAGAACGCCAGCACUAUCAACGAUGCCACUAUGAAUGCCGGGACGUCUGGCUGGAAAGCUCCUGAGCUGAUCUCGCAGCCUCGCGAUACAGAUAGCAGACACAGCCAAAGCCACAACACCAACAACGGCAGCGAGUCAGGCACAGGUACUAGCGGCAUCAAACGAGCCGCCGACAUAUUCUCGCUCGGCUGCCUCUUCUUCUGGGUUCUGACAUCCGGCACUCAUCCUUACGAAGACGAGUCCGGAUGGCAAGGGCUACGGGAGCUGAACAUCAAGCGCGGCAAGAAGAACAUGGGUGCUUUAGAGCAGUGGUCUGAUGCUUAUGAGCCUAGCCAGCUGGUUGACUGGAUGACAGCGCAGCUACCAGAGCAUAGACCUACGGCUCUGCAGGUGCUGAACCAUCCUUUCUUCUGGUCGCGUGAGAAGCGAUUGGGUUUCUUGUGCGAUUGUUCGGAUCAUUUCGAACGAGAGGUGAGAGGGGUUGUGGAUGAUGGGUAUGCUGGUGAUAGUGAGGAUUUGCGUCUACUGGAGGACAGAGCACCUGAAGUCAUCGGACGAAACGACUUCCUCAGCAAGCUCGAUCGUUCUUUCGUCGACACGCUUGGCAAGCAACGGAAGUAUAGUGGCAACCGUUUGCUGGAUUUGCUUCGUGCUCUGCGCAACAAGAAGAAUCAUUACGAGGAUAUGCCAGACGAUGUCAAGCGUCGUGUGGGUCCAUUGGCUGGAGGCUACCUCACCUACUGGACCGACAGGUUCCCGCGACUGCUGAUGAUCUGUUAUAUGGUGAUCCAUGAGGCUGGCAUCCAAAACACUGAUAGGUUCAAAGGGUAUUUCGAUGAUGGGUCAAGGUCGAUUUAG